GGAGCAGUGUAUUGGGGCGGGGUACUCUGGGCUGUGUCGUUCACUGAACAAGUUAUGGACGCAUCGCAUGAGCACCCCCGGCACCCGGCUUACCAAUCAAAUUUUGGAAUGAGGUCUCCACUGAGCUCCACUAGUGACUCUACUGAUAACCGAAAAUGCAAUGUAAAUGUUCGUAACCUACCUCUUUCUGGUCAUGUUGGCUUUGACAGUUUGCCUGAUCAGCUAGUCAACAGAUCCAUUCAGCAAGGAUUCUGUUUCAACAUUCUCUGCAUAGGGGAGACUGGCAUUGGAAAGACUACAUUAAUUAAUACCCUAUUUAACACUAACUUUGAAGAAAAUGAAACUAAACAUUUUGAACCUUCAGUGAAACUGAAAGCACAGACCUACGAUCUCCAGGAAAGCAACGUGCGCUUGAAACUGACUAUUGUGAACACAGUAGGCUUUGGUGACCAGAUAAAUAAGAAAGAUAGCUACAUGCCUAUUGUUGAUUACAUUGACACACAGUUUGAAGCCUAUCUACAGGAAGAGUUAAAGAUAAAGCGUUUAUUAUAUAAUUAUCACGAUACACGCAUUCAUGUCUGCCUUUAUUUCAUUGCUCCAACGGGUCAUUCCUUAAAAUCUUUGGAUUUAAUAACUAUGAAGAAACUGGACAGCAAGGUUAACAUAAUUCCCGUCAUUGCUAAAGCGGAUGUUAUUUCUAAAUCUGAACUUCAUAAGUUUAAAACCAAGCUUAUGAGUGAAUUGGUCAGCAACGGAGUACAGAUCUACAAUUUCCCAACUGACGAUGAGACUAUUAGCAAACUGAAUGCAUCUAUGAACGCACAGCUCCCAUUUGCGGUAGUAGGAAGCAUGGAGGAAGUCAAGAUUGGAAACAAGAUGGUUAAAGCACGGCAAUACCCUUGGGGCAUUGUACAAGUUGAAAAUGAGAACCACUGUGAUUUUGUGAAGUUGCGUGAGAUGCUGAUAUGCACUAAUAUGGAAGACUUGAGAGAACAGACACAUUCAAGGCAUUAUGAACUGUACAGGCGCUGCAAAAUGGAGGAAAUGGGUUUCCAUGACAUGGGCCCGGGAGAUAAACCAGUAAGCCUCCAGGAGACAUACGAAGCCAAGCGACAUGAGUUCUUUGAAGAAUUGCAGAGAAAGGAAGAGGAGAUGAGACAGACAUUUGUACAGCGAGUAAGAGAGAAGGAGACUGUACUGAAGGAAGCAGAAAGAGAGCUACAAAACCGAUUUGAGCAACUGAAGAAGCUUCAUCAGGAUGAGAGGAUGAGCUUAGAAGAGAAGCGGAAAGAUCUGCAAGAGGAAGUUAACUCAUUCAAUAAAAGAAAGGCCGCUGCUGAACUAUUACAAGCUCAGAGUUUGGGAAAUGUAUCCAACAGUAGUUUGAAAAAGGACCGCAAAACCUUCAUGUGAGUGGAAUACAUUAAUCAGAAAAAAAUUAAGAACAACGCCAUGAUUGAAACGAGUUUUAAUUCUUUUCCUGCAUUUUUGUCAAAUAAGUAUUUCUCAAGCCCAUCAUCUCAGCUGAAGAGCCAUGGAAGAUUUGGGAAACCGCAAAUGCAGUGUCCUUCAUGCCACCAACUGCUCUAAAUGCCCUUACUGCAACUUUGAUAAUGGUCUCAAGGUUUCUCCUAAUGAAAUAACUCAGUCCUUUCCACUAGUAGGUGGUACCAAAGAGAAGCUCAGAAUGAGUAGAAAGUGGAGUCUUGUAAAAAUUGUAACAAAAGCCAAAUUUUCAAGUGAACAAUCAUUUUAAGAAUAUGGGUCAGUGUGUGUGUUUUUCUUUCUUUCUUUUUUUUUAAAUAUAUAUACUGUUUAUUUGUUAAUUAUCAACAAUAGCCCGUGUCUUUUAUUGAAAAUUAUUGUAUUAAAGAAAAUAAAAAAAUGAAAUGUACUAAAGUUUACGCUUAUUUAGAAUUAGUGGUAUACAUCAUACACUAACAAUGUCUAAAACAUCAAAAUAUAUACUGCCAAGAAUACUAACUUUUUAUUAGCUUUCAAACCUUAAUCUCAUACAAAGAUUUACAUGACUACAGUUGUAACACUCAUGUAAGUCUAUACUUUUUUUAAUAAAAUAAGAGAUAUUUGAUUAUUUUUCUUAGAAAUGACAAUACUUAGUAACAUUUUGGAGGAUUUUUUUCUAGGCAACGACUGUUUUUUUUUUUUUUUUGUUUUUUAAUAAAUUGACAUUAAAGCUAGGAAUAUUUUUAAUGUACAUUUCUAAAAUAUGUUGUAUGUUUUUUUGUUUAGCAUAUCUGUAAGAUUUUUUGUUUUCGUCUACAGGCAUGUAUAAGCAAAUGAUUUUCACAUGUAUAUUUUUAAUAAUAAUCCUUUUUUAAAAAAAAAAAGGUCUACUUAUAUGAAAAAUAUUGUGUUUAAAGGAGCAUUGUAAGUAUUUUAAAUUUACUAUUACAUUUUUGAUUGCUAUUAAACAAAAAAUAAAAAAAAAUGAUGUGCCUGGUA